AUGAUGAAGUGCUUUCCAGCCGAUCUCCAGCCAGGCCAGCCAGAUACCGAUGAAAUGGUCACCAAUCUCCUUCAGUGGAUUCAAGGAUUCUACCAACAGAAAAAUAGGAGAGCUCGACAAUACUUUGGAGGAAAACCCGAAAAGCCGAGGCCGUUUGAACCAGCUUCUUAUCUCCCACCAGUGACAGGUUACCCCGUUCCUGGUAGUCGGCCGACACCUUCAUAUAGCGAAGGCCCGAGUCAACCUAGUUCCCCAUUCCUACCUAGCCAAACUGACCAACUACCAUUAGAACCUAGUCAAUCACCUUACCAGCCGAGUCAACCAAGCUAUUCAUCCUAUCAGCCGAGCCAGCCUACUCAAUCUUCAUAUGAACCCAGCCAACCAAACCGGCCCAGUGAGCCAUCACAACCUUCUUCUUACCAACCCAGUCAACCCACACAAUCAUCGUACGACCAAAGUGAAUCUUCAGAACCCAGUUAUGAACCAAGUCAACCUAGUUACAAACCAAGCCAGCCGUCGCAACCUGAGCAAACUUCUCCUUCUUAUCAACCUAGUCAACCCAAUGAAGAUUCAGGAUUACCUGACCAGCCACAAAGACCAGAUCAGCCUGGAGAUAAUGAUAAUGGACCCCAGAUUCCCAUAAAUCCAGACGACGAUGACCGUCAUCCACCCCAUAUACAUGACAUCACCGUCGAUUGUGGUAAGCAAAUGAUGACCAUUAACAUUGAGUUCAACAAGGCCUACAACGGUAUCAUUUAUUCUCAAGACCACUACAAAGACUCCGAGUGCAUUUACGUUAAAGAGAACUCAAACCAAAUUAAAUACUCGUUUACAGUUAAUCUAAAUAAAUGUGGAACAAGAUUCUUUAGCGAUUUUGAAAACGAAGGUCAAGCGUAUCUUGAAAACGUUUUGGUGCUCCAAAACGAACCAGGGAUUCAAGAAGUGUGGGAUCACAUUCGGCGCGUAAGAUGCCUUUGGGAAGGAAAUUUAACUAAACAGCUAGUGUCAUCUUUGAGCGUCGGUAUGUUGAAUCAGAUAACAAGUAACUUCAGCGGUGAUACUGCUAUGGCUCGAUUGGAUAUCCAGACGGGAAGAGGACCUUUUGCUCCCGAAGCAAACGGACUGAUAAAGAUCGGAGAAAUUAUGACUUUAGUAGUAUCAGUAACCGGUGAUGCAGGAUUUGAUAUUUUAGUUAGGGAAUGCAUCGCUCGCGAUUCAAGCAAUACCAAUGUCGUGCCAUUGACCGACUCAAACGGCUGCGUGCUUAAACCGAAAUUAUUUGGAGCCUUCCAGAAAACGAGAGAGACAGGAAACACUGGGGCUUCGAUCAUCGCUUACGCAUACUUCAAUGCUUUUAAAUUCCCAGACGAGAUGGACCUGAUUAUCCAAUGUGAUGUUGAAUUAUGCAAAACAGACUGCGAAGUAUGCCCAAGUCCCGGCAGUACAGAGCCAAGAAGAAAAAGACGAGACGUCAUUCACAUAGGAAAUAGAACUUAUGAACCUGUUACUACUAUCGAGAAGGGUUUGAGGGUUGUGUUCGCUGAAGAUUUACCUAAUGAACCUGGCAUAUGCAUUUCAUCUACAGCAGCGCUAUGGGGAGGUGCUCUAGUUCUUGCUGGAUCCCUAUUAAGCAGUUUAUUAGUCACUCAUUGUUGGCACAGAUCACGCGGUUCAGCGAAAUUCGCUAUUAAUAAGAGUUAA